CCCCGGGGGCCCCCGCGGGGGCCCCUGCGGGGGCCCCCCCAGGGGGGGCCCCCGGGGGGCCCCCAGGGGGCCCACCUCCCGAGACACCUGAAAAUCAUGGUGGAGAAGCAGAAGGAAAUGUAACAGUUCAAGAAGGAGAAGAACCGAUGGAUGAGGCGGAGGUUGAGAAAAUGCUGUUUGAUGAAUACUUAGGUAUGUUUCUUGCUGCUGUUGUUGCUGCUACUGUUGUUGUCGCUCGAGGCGACAGCACACGCAUAUAUGCAAAGGGACAAGAUAAGAAUUAUCUUCGAAGCUCCGUUGUUAAUAACGUCAGCAGCAAAACACCUGUUAGUUUGCAAUUUAGACAGUCGUUUGAAUACAGAGGGUCGUACUUAGACCUGGAAAAAGAAAAACUCAAAAUCAAAGUGUGGGAAUAUCGUACUUGGACGUUAAAUCAUUUGGAGGCUGUCUUUGAAGAACCGCUUCUUUCAUUUGCAACAGGAGAAACAUACAUAGAGAGAGAUCUUUAUAAGUUUGUUAAGGGGCGUCGUUCGCGUCGUUGCCGGAUAUCAUUUCAAUUAUAUUUUCAAGAAUUGUACGACUUCGAGUUGGCGUUUAUAAAGUGGAGAGGCACUCGUCUCUGCUCUUCUGCUUUUCUUCAAAGAAGAGUAUUUAAUCGCAAAGGUUUGCAGAAGGCGUUAGAAGACUCUAAGGGCCCAACCCGCCCGCACCAAUUUGUAGACAGAGCGAAGUAUAAACUGCAGCAAAGAAACUUCAAAAAGACGAGCAAACGAGCGGCAAGCAUGACAGGGUCUGCUGCAGCAAGCCGGAAGUCUCCUUCUCGAAGAAUAACAGAGGCGGGUGCAGCUGGAGGUGCACCUAUACAAUCUCGUUCUGCGUAUUUGUCUGCUACAAAGAGUAUAGCUUCAUUGAAAACAUUAAGACAAUUAUCAAAGACAAGCAAACAGCUUGUAGAGAGAAGCAGCAGUAAUAUUUUUAUGAGAGACGAAGAAAAAGAAGAAGACGAACAAAAUAAUGCAUACACCGAGUUGCUGCAGCAACACAUGCAAACAUUAAUUGCUGUUGAUGAAGAUGCGGAAGCUGAUAAUCUUGCGGGCUUUGACCCUGCAGAGACAGCAGGAAGCAGCUCUCCUACUGCUGCAUCUGGUGGUGGUGCUGCUGCUGGAGGAAGUGCUGCUGCUGCUGCUGCUGCUGCACAGCGUCUCCUCCCAAGCCCCCGCCUCCGUAUACGUCUUCUUCAUUCUUCUUCUUUAAAUCGAGGGCUUGCAAUUACUGCUGCUGAACAGUUUGAAACAAAUGCACCUACCUGGGAUAACUUAGGAGAAUUAUACUUCAGAGGCACUCUCAGAGACCUAGAUAGCACAUACUUAGAGGUAGUAGUAGAGGACGCAAAUGCUUCUUCUGCAUUUCGGGAGAUAGGGUACGGACAGCUGCCGUUACGCGGUGUUGUAGGCUAUCCGAGUUUACAACUAGAAUUACUGUCUCCUCGUUGGGUGUCUCUUCAAGCAAAAAUAGAAGGAUGGGGGGAUCAGCUAAAAGAUUGGCGGUUCGGGUGUAUAGAGGGUCGUGUAAUAGUUGCACAUACACCCCGAUAUUCUCAACAAGGAGAAGUAUAUGAUGUAGAGAGUAACAGAUGUUAUUUAAUUAUAAAAAUAUGUUCUAUUGAUCAAAUAAUUACACCGGAUAAUAGAAAUACUGUUGAUACUUAUGUUGAGGUUUCUUUUGAUGGUACUUCAAGAAAAACUAGAACAAUAAGAAGCUCUUUAAACCCUGUUUUUAAUGAAGAGAUCGCAAUACCUUUGCGCUUCUCUUCUAUUAGAGAUAUUUCAUAUACUGAUAUUCAGAAGAAAGGCAAAGUUUAUUUAGAUGUCUGGGGGACAGGCAAUAAUUAUGUCGAUCAUCUAG